AUAAAGUGAAUGGCCAGGGUGAAUGGGAGGCAGUCGGCCGGCGCCCUCCGCCUCCGCCCUCUCCGUGAGCCGCGGGCCGGCAGCGACGCGCAGAGUGGCCGGGGAGCCGGGGGGAUUUACUUUCUGACAGCGGCAGAGCAGCCCGGGGCGCGGGGCGGCGGUCAGCUUCGCUCCUCUCGCAGGAUUAAGUCCGCUCAGCCGAACCCGCAUCUGGAGCCGCUAUUCGUCCUUCUCCACCACCCAUCCCUGCCCCAUGGAUUUCAACCUGCUGGCAGACGCGGAGGCUCGCAGCCCAGCCUUGUCUCUCUCGGACUCUGGAACUCCUCAACAUGAGCACAGCUGCAAAGGGCAGGACCACAGCGACACUGAGAAGUCCCAGCAGAACCAGACGGACGACUCCAACCCUGAAGACGGCUCGCUCAAAAAGAAGCAGCGGAGGCAGAGGACGCACUUCACCAGCCAGCAGCUCCAAGAGCUGGAAGCCACUUUCCAGAGAAACCGUUAUCCAGACAUGAGCACCAGGGAGGAGAUUGCAGUCUGGACCAACUUGACAGAGGCACGAGUCCGGGUCUGGUUCAAAAACCGCAGAGCUAAGUGGAGGAAACGAGAGAGGAACCAACAGGCAGAACUGUGCAAGAACAGCUUUGGAGCCCAGUUCAAUGGACUGAUGCAGCCUUACGAUGACAUGUAUUCCAGCUAUUCCUACAACAACUGGGCCACCAAGGGGCUUGCCAGCAGUCCGCUCUCGGCCAAGAGCUUUCCAUUCUUCAACUCCAUGAAUGUCAGUCCCCUCUCCUCCCAGCCCAUGUUCUCCCCACCCAGCUCCAUCACCUCAAUGACCAUGCCUUCAUCCAUGGUCCCUACUGCUGUGACCGGGGUACCAGCCCCUAGCCUCAACAACCUGGGAAAUAUCAAUAAUCUGAACAGCCCGAGCCUCAACUCUGCUGUCUCCUCCAGUGCCUGUCCUUACGCCUCAACAGCCAGCCCCUACAUGUACAGGGACACGUGCAACUCCAGCCUGGCCAGCCUGCGGCUGAAGGCCAAGCAGCACGCCAACUUCACCUACCCAGCGGUGCAGACAGCAGCUUCCAACCUGAGCCCUUGCCAGUACGCCGUGGACAGGCCCGUAUGAAGGGCUGCCCUCUGCCAACCAGGGACUUGACCUUAGCCUGACAAAAGGAGACCUUUAGCCCUACAACAGCGUACGUCCUGCAGAGAAUGAGAGUGAACAUGACAGCAUAAGAGGGAGACAGGGAGAGAAAGAGAGAAAAGAACGAGCUGGCAGACGAACCUUUAUGAAGAUUUGUCUAUUGUAUGGUGAAUUUUGACUGUCUUUCCCCUUCAAAACCCCUUCCCUUCUUGCCCACCAAACCUUCUCCUCCAUGGUAAAAUAAACCAAAAGUGUCUACUGGAAGCCCCAUGGGGAAGUAGGAGCCCCAACAUGCAAGGUGCCUGACCCAUGGGAAGCACAACCAAGUAUGUUUCAAUCUGCCCUUCCAAGCCCCACAGGGGAGAGCCCCCCAGAUUCCUGGGACAGCACAGGUAGCCUCACACCUCCUCUGCAGGAAAUAGGCAGAGACAGGACAGCUUGAGGGGGGCUGCCAGUUGGUGCUUGGCUAAACCAUAUUCUCUGCACACGUGCAAGAUUUCAAUGAAAGACAUCUUGCCCAUUUAUUUAUCAUACAGCCAGUAAGGAAGCCUUGUCUCAGUCAGUUAUCAUCUCUUUAUAAUGCAUAUAUACAUGUGGCCCUU